UUGGCACGCAUCCACAUCUCUAUUGUCAAGAAAGAAGCAUUUAUACCAGCGUUUCAACAGGCCUACAAUUGUACAAUAACAAAGGCAAAUAUCCUAUCUAGUUUCCGCGCUACUGGCCUAGUACCAUAUAAUCCAGAUGCAGUACUAUCGAAGCUUGAUGUACAGCUGCGUACG